AUGAAAAUGCGAGAAAUAAAUGCAUUUGAAGCUCCUUGCAAUUCAACUGGUUGGAUGAUAAUUCAGAGGCGUUUGGACGGAUCAGUGAACUUCGAUCGAAACUGGGACAGUUAUAAAAAUGGAUUUGGGGAUGUCAAAGGGGAGUUUUUUAUUGGGCUCGAAAAAUUGCAUCUCAUGACAGAGGUACAACCUUACGAACUCUAUGUUAGUCUUCUGGAUAUAAAUGGAACCAGCAGAUACGCCAAAUAUGAUCAAUUUGAAGUUGGAAGUGAGACGGAGUCAUAUGAGCUAAAAACGCUAGGCACAUAUUCUGGUACGGCAGGAGACUCCCUUGAUUACCAUGAGAAUGCAAAGUUCAGCACAUAUGUCCGGGAUAAUGACUCUAGCGAUGCAAAUUGUGCAAAGCUCUACAAUGGGGGAUGGUGGUUUAACGCAUGUGCUCUAAGUUCACUUAAUGGAAAAUAUUUCAAAGACGGUCAGAGUCAAAAAGAAAACGGAAUUGUUUGGGGUACAUGGAAAGACUUCGACUAUACAAUCUCGCUAACCUUUGCUGAAAUGAUGAUUAGACCUAAAUCCGGUUUUAAACAAGUCUUCUUUUUACCAAGUUAAACU